UCAGGCAGUCUCUCCAGCUGAGAGUGACAGAGCUGGACAUGGACAGUAAUAUAACUGAAUACCGCAUCAGUGUCAUUAGAAGCCCACGCGGAUGGGAAGUAGGCCUCUAUGUGACUGGCGCGCUUGUUCUGCUGGGAAUAACUGCGCUGAACCUGUGGAAACUAUGGAAAUCCGGGAAUUAUCCAACGCCCUCUCCAUUUCCCAACUACGACUACCGAUACCUGGAGCAAAAGUACGGGACUGCGUAUUCGGACCUCAAACUCAAGAGAGGGGGAGCCUCAAAUCUCCGAAAGCCAGCGGAAAGGAUGUCUCCUGUCCGCAAGCCUAGCCUGAAGAUGGAUGACACCUUUGAGAACAUCAAUGAGCUAGGUACCUUAGAGUUGAUGAGCAAAGACCUAGAUCUGGGUCCAUUCGGGCCACUGAAGAAAUCCGUGUCCACUGACUCCCUCAGCUCCAUCUCCUCCAUUGGGAAUAACUUUGGCCAGGACUUCACUGUGGGCCAGGUGGAAGUCAACAUGGAAUAUGAUGUGUACUCCAACACCCUGCACGUCACGCUGCUGCAAGGGAAGGAUCUCCUGGAGAAGGAGGACAUCAACUUCGAGUCUUGCUUUGUGCGCAUCAGCUUGCUCCCCGAUGAACAAAUCAUUGGCAUUUCCAGGAUUCAAAGGAGUGCCUUUUCUGUCUUCUUCGAUGAGAAGUUUUCAAUUCCCUUGGAUCCGUCAGCGCUGGAGGAAAACAGCCUGAGAUUUUCUGUCUUUGGCAUUGACGAGGAUGAGAGGAACAUCAGCACGGGGGUAGCAGAGCUGAAGCUGUUGGAUUUGGAUCUGGCCAGCCGCUCAUUCAAUGCUUGGCUCUAUCUGCAGGACAUGAACAAGGUAGUUGACUCGGUGGGAGAGAUUCUGCUGUCUCUUAGUUACCUGCCCACGGCAGAGAGGCUGACGGUUGUUGUGGUUAAAGCCAAAAACCUCGUGUGGACCGAUGGCAAAAUGACAGCAGACCCUUUCGUCAAAGUGUACUUGCUUCAGGAUGGGAGGAAAAUCAGCAAGAAGAAGACCGCUGUGAAGAGAGAUGACACAAACCCGGUGUUUAACGAGGCCAUGAUUUUCUCAGUGCCCGCAAUCGUCCUCCAGGACCUAUCUCUCCGGGUGACGGUGGCAGAGUGUUGCGAAGAUGGAAGAGCUGAAAACAUUGGCCACGUCAUCAUUGGCCCAUCGGCCAGUGGCAUGGGCAUCACGCACUGGAACCAGAUGCUGGCGACCUUAAGGAAGCCGGUGUCCAUGUGGCACCCCGUUCGACGAAACUAAGGGCACAGUUACAUUCUGAAAGUAUCUUGCAUGGUACCUAGACUCUUCCCAUAAGCAGAUAUUCUUGGCAAAGGGACAGUGGUACAUGGGACAUACAUUUUUUUUUCUUCACAAGUUCCAUUGAGCAAGAAGAAGGAGUAGCAGCGGAAGUCACUGAAUCAGAUCCUCGUGAAAACUUCAGUGGACUAAAAUCUGAGAGAGGAAGCAACUCAAGUGUGAUUGUGAAGGACUAGCUUUUGGGCAAACACUUCCUUCCUGGCACUUCCUAUCCAGUGACACCAGCUUGGGAGCCAACCAUCCCUGGUUGUCUGUGAUUUUGUUUUCCAGUGAAUGUUACCAAGCAGAGCUCUGUCUGUCAGCUGACUUAAGAGAGUUAGGGGUACAUUUGUGAUCUUACACCCAUGGUGGGCUUAGCUCCACAGAUUUCCAACACAGUGACUGGGGAUAGUUUAGCUAAAUAGAUUCUCAUCCACAUGAUGGCCAAGCUAACAUUGUACCACCAGGUGUUUUCAGUGCAAGGUCCAAAGAGAAAUUUAGGCUGCUAAUACAGUCCUCCCUGACAAGAGAGCUCUCUCUAAAAAGGGAGCUUUGAUUCCUCCUCUGGAUGGCUCCCUGUUAAAAAUUGAGUUCAGGCAGAGUGAGCAUCUUUAAAAAUAGCAGCUGCUCAUCUUCCCUGUCCAAUUACUGGACAUCCUGAGCUAAACUGUGAGCAGAGGGAAUGCAAAUAUUGAAAUUUUUAAUAAAGGAGCAGCCUCUUUAAAAAGGAAUGGUAUUUCUCAACACUAAUAUGAGCCGGGAGGAGAGUUCCUUUAGGAAGAAAAGCCACCAUUUUCCAUGGCCCAUCCUCUCUAAGGCUUGAUUCUGCAGUUAGUGGAAGCCAGGAGAAGUUGAGGGCCCUCAGCACCUCACAGGAUGCUAUCUUGGAUGCUUGGGUUCAGGAGGCCUCCAUACUUGAGUUUGGCUGAAAUUCUUAACAUUUCUUACAGGUGCUGUCCUAUUGCAACCCGGGUCCCUGCCAGCUCUUGAAAUAGCUCCCUGCUGGCUUUUGCCACAGCUCAGCCAGUUCUUGCAGCAGCGUGUACCCGCUUACUUUCACUUCUGAGUGUCUCCCAAAUCUGAUUGGGAAAAAGAUGGGGACCGGGGAUGGAAUUUGAUAAAACAUAGGUGACUCCUAUUUUAAGUGGGGAAAAUGACCACAUACAAAACAAUUGGUUUCUUUACCCCCUCCCCCCACUCGCUUCUGUUUUUCAACCAGUUCUGGAGCCCAGCUUGAGACACAGGGGUGCCAAUUUCCAGAGCUCCUCAGCUUCUGCCGACUGUCAGCCGGGUUUAGGUGUGCUCAGUACCUCUAGAAGCCAGGCCCACAGGCGCCCAACACUCGUACUGGGCACCCCACAGUGUAGGCCACAGUUUUUACUCAGUCCCCACUUAAAGGUCAAGUUGAGGUAAAGUUUAGCACAUGCCAGCUAAUCCCGGCCACUCUUUCUAAUCAAGAUAAGCCCUGAGGUACAGCUCUCAUGGGUUUCAGCUAUCGCAACUGUAUUGCAAGUCUCAUUAUUUUUGGUGUUUUCCAGGAAGGCCCGGCUCUUGGAAUCAUGUUACUUGUUAAUCUCACUUAAACGCUCCCCCCCCCCCAAACAAAACAAAACAGAACAUUACAUUUGUAGCACUCAUGAUAAUGGAGAAAAGCUUGGAAACGUGCACUAAAGGACUCAGAAACCACAAGGCAGA